AUGUGACUGAUUUGCAGCCAUUCAUCCAUUACCAGUGUUUGAAAAGCACGAGAAAAGGGCUAAUUAAAAGAAAACGAAAGAAGGAGCCCACUGUAGAACAAUGAUGCGUCAAUAAUACCACGUCCUCGUCACCCUCUAAACUUUCUUAGUUCCACAACUAGUGGUAGUAAUCAUAUCGCAACAAAGAUCAACCCACUUUUAUUAUUAUCUCAUUAUAAUUUGUAAUGAUGGUUAACAAAAGCAAAUGGUAAUAAUCUAGAUUAAUCUUCUGUCUAAGCCAUCAUUACCCUAGUGGGACCAAAUGCAUUAUUUUCCUUUUCCCCUACCUAGUUAAGAUUUUUAUGUUGCUCUCUUUGCCUCUGCUCUGACUUCAGCUACUACCUACUACACCAAAGUUCAUUGCUUCCAUUUUAUUCUCUCUUGUCUAUAAGCUUAUAUAACUAUUUGCAAGCAAAGAAAUUAACUACUAGGAAAAUAACCAUGAAAGGAAUUGAUUUGUUAUGUUCUCCCUCAGCUUCCACAGCUGUUACUUCUAGCAUGCACCAUCGUUCUACGGCGCGUGGAAGAACAAAAAGCUACGACCAUGACGGAAGGAAAAGCCAACUCUGUGUACCUUGUUCAUCCCAAUUGCCCUUAACUCCUAAGCCUCAGUCGGAGAAGCACAGAAAGAGCUCGGCUGAUAAGGGUAACAGUGACACGCGUAGAAAAAGUUCUGUUGAUGUUAAUGACCUAUAUACUCAUGCCAGUGCAGAGCGUUCAUCCAGAAGAUAUCUCCUAGCUGACGCGCCAUUCUUUGAGUGGGUAUCAGAGUCUAAUAAAUUCACACAAAUGGUUCCUUCUCAACAUGAUGUCGAAGACAAGACCAUGGUUAUCAAAAGAAACCAUGCUCCUACUCUUCGCUCCUCUUCUACAGCUCGCUCCAAGGACCAGGUCGUGGUUUUGAGGGUGUCGUUGCAUUGCAAGGCCUGCGAAGGAAAAGUUAGAAAACAUAUUUCAAAAAUGGAAGGAGUGACAUCAUUCAGCAUAGAAAUGGAGACAAAGAAAGUGACGAUAAUCGGAGACGUGACACCAAUGGGGGUACUGGCGAGUGUAUCCAAGGUGAAGAAUGCACAACUUUGGCCAUCUCUCUAGACUUGAAUCUGAUACACCUUUGGGGUGUGCGUGUUUGUAUGAUUAGAAUUUGGAUAACUUGUGAAGCACUCGAAAGAGUGUUGUAAAUGAACAUUUUUCCUUUAGUUGUUUAGUCAUUGUGGUGAGUGAAGUGGUACAACUGACAAUUCUUAAUUGGU